AUGCUUUUCAAGAAGCAAUCUGCUCCCUCUUCACCGAUGGGUCAAUUAUAGAAGAAAACCGGGAAUAACUUCUUCAAGGAACUAACAAACAGCCUCUACGAUGUGAAGGCCGGAGCAAGCGCAAUUAUUGCGAACUAAAGCAGACAAAUUUGUGGAGCAACCCCAGGAAUUGCUACUGGUGCUUUUUCAGCAAAAAAUAGCAUUAGUAACAUACCGACAUCAAAUCUUAAGAUGAAUUCAGUUCAUAUUUCAAAGGAUCAAGUAGCUCUAUUAAGGAGGGAUUCUCAGCAACAGAAUGAAAAUGUUAUGGUGAUCACAACUAAUCAAUCUCCAAUGAAUAUGACAGCAAAGAUGGCUUCUUUAAAAAAGAAGUUCUCGUCUAGCGGUAUAUAAAGCAUGCACAGUGGGCAAUAGGUAUCGCUUUCGAAUUAGUCAUCUUCUUGUAACGUAACCCUGUCUCAGUCAUCCUAGCAAAACUCAGUAAAAAAUGGGUAACAGUAGUAACAUAAUUAAGGAAUUCAUUAUAAUCAGGCAGUAAGUGCUGUAGGAUCUAGAAAAAACUCAAAAGAUUAGCAGCAUGCGAAUAAGCCUUAUGUGAAUACUAAAUCACCUACACCUAUUUCAAUAUUAUCGCAAUGCUAAAAUCAGCAGCAGAGCAGAUAGGCUUAAAAUGUUGGAAUCAGCAGUCAAAUUUAAACCACAUUAAGCCCAAAAGAUAGCAUCAACAAGAAUAACAUGUUUGUCUUUAAGAAUGGGGCAUAGUCCCCUAAUACAAAUAACUACAGCCUUCUAAACUCAAACAUGAGUCAUUCGAGGUAGAGUUAGUAAUCACCACUAGGCCAAAUUUAGUUUAAAAAAUCUGCUCAGUAAAGCAGUCAAUAGAAUGCUACCAAUACAACUAGUAACAACACAUCUUAGAACCAAAAUCAUUAGAAAAAUAACAGUCAAAUAUUCUAGAGAGUAUAUGAAUUGAAGAAGAAAUAUCAAAACAGUAACGACAAUGGUCAAAACUCAGCUCCUAUGUCAGGAGUGCAAUCUCCUGAUAAUAGAACGAAUUUCACUCCUAGCCCGAUGUCUAUUGCUCAGAAUUAAGUUAAUUUUUAAAUGAGUCAGUAUGCUAGCAACCCUAACUUGCAAGGCAAGCAGCUUUAAAAAUCCGUUAAACUUGAGUAGAAUAAAUAGCCACCAUCAAAUCAUCACUAAUCGCAAGUAUCCUAGUUAAGUGGGGCCAAUCUAUAUUAGCCCUAAAAAAUUGAAGAUACCAAGGCUAAAUUCACACUUGAGAAGAACUCAAGUGUCAAAUCUGGCAUUGGAUAGUAUGACAUGCAAUCUGAUAAUGUAUCUAAAAUACUUCAAUAAAUGAAUCAAAAAAGUCCAUCAAUGGCAUCUAAUCAACCCUCUUUAAGCGCAAAAAAUGCAAAAGAGUAAAUUAUCUUGCACAUUGGCAAAUAUAUCAAGAAAAAGCAAGGACCACAGCCUAAUGACAAUAAUUACCAGGAUGAAGAGCUAGUUAAUGAAGACAUUUUAUAAAAUCUAAGGGAGUUCCUAACUUACUUAGAGGACAAGAACAUCAUCAAUACUCAGAAACUAGAGAACAAUAAAGAUGAAAUGAACAAUCUAAUUAAAGAUCUAAUGAAGCUGGAUCUUGCUAAAUUUUCAAAACCUAGGUGUAGUUCGAGUCACAGAAGGGGCUCAGCUUCACCUAAUAUAGGCGUUCCAUAGAAUUUAGAUCAAAAUAAUAUUAGCAACCACUAGAAUAUCUUUAACUAAAGACAUAAUUCUCAGCAAUAGCCAUUGUAAGCUCCAAUUAAUGGAUCUAAAUUAUGUUUCAAUCCUUAAUCAGCUUAAUUCGAAGAAUUUGAAAACACCAGCAAAGAAGGAAGCUUUUCAUAAAGAACAGACAUGCAAUCUUAGAAUAGCAGACAGGUCCCUACCAUUCAGUUAAUGAUCAAUACCAAUGUAAAUAAGACAGUUCUGCACUAAAUGAUACUUCAGGAUUAGAAGGGAGAAUCAAGUAUCUUAAAUAAUUUCUGUAUUAGUCCAAUGGGUAAUCAAAUUAAUAUUAACUCAACUAAGAAUGUGAAUAAUUCGAAUAACAACUAUCAAAUCUUCUAAGGGGCAGCAUCCAAUAAUCAUGAUAUGCCCUAAUCGACAAAAUAGUCUUAGCCUAUAAAUAUAAGAAGAGGAAGUGACUCAGCAGUGCUUACAAACAAUCAGCAGAAGCAGUAUUAGCAAUCAUCAAUCAAUCAUAACUAGCUUAACAACCACAAAAGAAACGUUUCUGAUAAUAAUCUCUUGCUUAAUAAACAGUAAUAGCACAAUCAGAAUCAUGAUUCAUAGAAAAAUCAUCAUCACGCCAACCAUCCAAGCAUUUCAAGUAGUAACAAUUAGUAGAUUAAAGGUCAUAGGAAAAAUGUGCCUUCGAUAGACCCUAAUUAGCAGUAGAAUCUUUAAGCAAGCAGAAAUUAAAGGCCAGAAAAAUCUAUCGCUUCAGGCUAGAAUACUCAAAAUAUAGCUGAGCUUCAAAAGAGUAUAAUUUCAGUGUGUGAAAAUGAGACAACGAUCGGAGAUAACAAGGAAAUCACUCUGAAUGAAGCAGCUCUUGGGGAAAGAGAAAAAAUAAUAAAAUUCAUUAAAGCAUAUAUCAAGAGACAUAAUGAAAUUCCGCCAACCACACUAGACUAUUACAAGUUUGUAAAGCUUAUUGGAAAAGGAGCUUUUGGUAAAGUAACUCUUGGGGUCCACAAGCUGACUGGUAAGUACGUUGCAAUAAAGACUAUUGAUAAAAGUUACAUGAAAGAUGAAUAUUCUAGAAGGAAGGUUUUCCAAGAAGUUUAUAUUCUCAAGAAAAUUAGACACUCUUGUGUUAUUCGUUUGCUUGAAGUCUUUGAAAGUCCAAAGCAUUUCCUUAUGGUUAUGGAGUAUGCUGGUGGUGGAGAUCUACUUCAGUAUGUAAAAAAGAGAAAGAGACUUGAUGAGGACACUGCAAGAGCAAUUUUCAAAUAGAUAAUUUACGGACUGGGACACUGCCAUUGCAGAAGUGUACUCCAUAGAGAUAUAAAAUUAGAUAACGUGCUGAUGGACGGCGAAGGAGGAGUAAAAUUAUGCGACUUCGGUGUCAGUAGGCUGGUUAAAAAUAAUCAGAUAAUAAAAGAGCAGUGUGGAACCCCUGCAUAUCUGGCACCUGAAAUCAUAAUUGAUGAAGGUUACGAAGGAUUCUAUGCAGAUAUAUGGAGUUUAGGAGUUUUACUAUAUGCUAUGCUUUAGGGAACAGUUCCAUUUAAGGCAAACAACAUAGCAGACUUGCACAAACUUAUACUUAAGGGAGACUUUGAUUUCGCUGUAGAUUCUAUUUCAGAGAGCUCCAAAGACUUAAUAAGAAAAAUGCUUGUCCUCACACCUGAGAAAAGAAUCCUUAUUCCAGAUAUGUUAAAUCAUCCAUGGGUUAGAGAGCCUACUGAAGGUUUUGAAGACGAGGAAGAGGAUGAUGAGCAUGAUUUGAAGGUAGGGGCAACAUUCUUCAGACAAGAAUGUAUGAACGGUAUCAUUGGAGCCGGUAAUGGGUAAAUGGAAAGUGGAAAUAUCAAUUAUAUAAACGUAGAAAAUCUUUACUACAAAAGUACAUCUGAAGUCAAAUCAGGCAUCCCUAUUUUGCAGAGUAAGAUCAAGUAUAGUGAUUACUGUGCUUUGACUGAAGAUUUUAUGACUUAUAGAAUCGAUGAAGAGGCUCUAGGUAUAGUUGAAGGUUAUGGCUACAAUCGUAAAAUGAUAAUCGACAGUAUAAACAAAGGAGAGAUUAAUCACGCCACUGCCUCUUAUUACCUAUUAAUACAUUCUACAACACAAUGA